AUGAAUAAACGAUCAGAGGGCUUUUUGGGAGGUCUUCAUGACUGCUACUUCGAGACUGACCCGAGAGUAAACGCAGGCCUGGCUCAGCGACUGAUUGGGAAGAAUGUGGUCAUUGCGGGUGCUGGACGAGGUGUCGGACGGGCUUGCGCAGAGCUCUUAAGUCAUGGCAAACUGAAGUCUUUGAGCAUAACUGCCCUAGAACAGGACGAGAUUGACGAGACUGCUAAGAUAUGCAAGAACAAUGACCCGGACCUCCGCAUCAAAACUGGUGCGUUCGAUGUGCAAGAUCCAGUUGCGGUGAAGCAAUUCCUUGAGGAGGCUGAUCACGAGUUUGAUGGUCUUGAUGUUGUUCUUAUGAAUGCUGGUAGGCCCCCUCAAUGGCUUCCCACCGCAGAGGGAGACCCGGAGAUCUGGUGGGACACAGUUGGUGUCUCACUACGCGGGGCCUAUAAUUUCAGUAGGUAUGCUCUGCCGAUCAUGCAGAAGAAACAUGGGGGAAGGAUCAUCUUUACUUCCAGCGCCGGUGCACACGCAAACCAGGGCAUAAGCAGUUAUAUCGCCGCUAAACUCGCCAUGAUUCGGUUGGCAGAGAUUAUUCAUGUUGAGAAUUUCAAAGAUCAUAAUAUCAAGGCUUUCGCCAUUCAUCCAGGCGCUAUCCAGACAAGAUUCUAUCACGACUUCAAAGAUCAGGCAGAAGGUCGCACUAAUGAGAGAUCGUACAUUGUGCCAGGCGCAGAGGGUGAAGACAAGUCUGCUCAAGCCGCUCUCAAAUUCCUCGAUCAAGGCACUUUUGAUACGCCAUAUAUGGCUGCAGGCAUGGUAUCAGUGCUCUCUGGAGGACAGCUAGACUUUAUGUCAGGGAGAUAUGUCGACUGCUCAACCAAAAUCGAAGAUUAUCUGGAACAACAUGAGUCUAUCAUCAAGGAAGAUCUCUAUCGUAUCCGCCUAAAUGCAGGGGAAGGAAAAAUGAUCCCUUUCGUGGAUUUCUAG